GGUGGACUUCAUAUCCUCUGCUCUCUCUGCAGCCCCCAGGACUCCGACAUUGGAGCCUGCUCUGACACCCCCAGCAUGUGGGCGCUGCUCAGCACACUCUGGCUGGCCCUGGCCUGUGGCUCUGUGCACACCACCCUGUCAAAGUCAGAUGCCAAAAAGGCUGCCUCGAAGACACUGCUGGAGAAGACUCAGUUUUCAGAUAAGCCGGUCCAGGAGCGGGGGCUGGUGGUGACCGACCUCAGAGCUGAGGACGUGGUUCUUGAGCAUCGCAGCUACUGUUCGGCCAAAGCCCGGAGGAGGCACUUUGCUGGGGAGGUCCUGGGCUACGUCACUCCAUGGAACAGCCAUGGCUACGAUGUCGCCAAGAUCUUCGGGGGCAAAUUCACCCAGAUCUCCCCUGUGUGGCUGCAGCUGCGGAGGCGCGGCCGCGAAAUGUUCGAGGUCACGGGCCUUGACGGCGUGGACCAAGGGUGGCUGCGGGCCGUCAGGAAGCAGAGCAGGGGCUUACACAUCGUGCCUCGGCUGCUGUUUGAGGACUGGACUCCCGAGGACUUCCGGGACACCCUGGACAGCGAGGAUGAGAUAGAAGAGCUUGGCAGGAGCAUCGUGCAGGUGGCCAAGAGCCAGCACUUCGACGGCUUCGUGGUGGAGGUCUGGAGCCAGCUGCUGAGCCAGAAGCACAUGGGCCUCAUUCACAUGCUGACCCAUGUGGCCGAGGCGCUGCACCAGGCCAGGCUUCUGGCCAUCCUGGUCAUCCCGCCUGCCGUCAGCCCCGGGACCGACCAGCUGGGCCUGUUCACGCAGAAGGAGUUUGAGCAGCUGGCCCCCGUGCUGGACGGCUUCAGUCUGAUGACCUACGACUACCCCGCAGCGCAGCAGCCCGGCCCCAAUGCGCCACUGUCCUGGGUGCGAGCCUGUGUCCAGGUCCUGGACCCCAAGUCCAGGUGGCGGAGCAAGAUCCUCCUGGGGCUCAACCUCUAUGGCAUGGACCACUCGGCCUCCAGGGACGCCCGCGAGCCCGUCAUCGGGACGAGGUACAUCCAGCUGCUGAAGGAGCACAGGCCCCGGAUCGUGUGGGACAGCCAGGCCGCUGAGCACUUCUUCGAGUACAAGAAUCCUUGCAGGUGCGGCUGGAGCUGGCCAGGGAGCUGGGUGUUGGGGUGUCCAUCUGGGAGCUGGGCCAGGGCCUGGACUACUUCUACGACCUGCUGUAGGCCCAGUCUGGAGCCGACCUGCGCUUUCCCAAGAGACAGAAGGACUGGUGUGCAAAAUACAGACUCUUCUCCAUUCUCCAUGCUCUGUAUGCUGUGGGCGUCGGGUGGGGACAGAGGUCCUGGGACCCAGCCUCCCCUUCAGUGACGUGGAGCGGGCAGU